CACCGCAAGGCCGGCCCCACGUGUCAGUGAACCUCGCGGCGUCGUGCAGGCUCCAGGCUGCCUAUUUCUUUCCGCUUCGUUCUUUCGUUCUUUCGUUCCUUCUUUCUUUCUUUCUGAGAGAAACACAGAGAAAGACAGAGAGAGAUGUAUCAGCCGACUGAGCAAUGGAGGUCGGUGUUCCAGGGCGAGGUGCUGCGGGCGCUAGACGACUGCCUCGACGCCAGGAGACACAUCACCGACGCGAACCGCGACCAGGCGGAGGUGCUGGGACCCUACGCCGACGCCGACGCCGACAAGCUGCGCUCGGCGGCGGAGAACAUCGCCAAGGCAUCGCGGUGCCUCUCCGCGUCCAUGGCCCACAUGGUGGCGGCCGAGUUCCUGGCGCUGCGGGGCUGCGGGCGGAUCCCGACGGAGCCGGUGGCCAGCGCCAAGCUCCUCCACGACGGCGACGACGUGCGCCUCGCCCUGGCCAAGCUCCAGUCCGCCAGGGAGCACGGCCGGGACGCGCUCACCAGGCUGCGCGAGUGCGGCGGCCGCGUGCAGGGCGUCGCCUUCAUGCUCGGCGGCCUCCCCGGUGCCCCGUUUCCUGCCCCGCACGCCCGCGCCUCCAUUGAAGCCGAGAUCAGCGCCGUCGCCAGGGAGCUCUGCUACGCGCAUGACAGGACGGUGAGUAUGACCGCGCUUGUUAUCUUCGCCACCAAGCCUGUCGCCCGCAUCCAGUGACCUACAGCUUAAUCCAUCGAUUCUACGUUUCCCGUUGUUGGCGAGGUCUCUCUCUUGAUUUCAUUGCACAAGCGCUCGCUCGCUACUGCUUCCUUGAUCCCGUCCCGUAGAUGACUAGUGACAUGCGUGGUCCGUCCAAUUCCAACUCCAUAUAUCUUGUGUUGUUCCUCUUGUUUCUUGCAAGGAUUGCUUUAGAUGAUAACGCAGUACCGAUCAAUUCGUGGAUGUUUGCUGUUAAUUG